CGCGCGCCGCCGCCGCUGCCACCGCGCAGGUAUGCGAGUCCCCCGGUGCCCGUGUCGGCCGCUUCGUGAGAAUGGGGUGGUAUGCGAGGCGGUGACUCGCGAGCCGGGAAAAGAGCUCCGGGGCUGAGCCGCGUCACGGGAUGGCGAGUUGGAGGGUCCUUGUCCUGCUUCUGCCCCGAGGAAGCUGCGGAACUGAAGGAGCCGCCGCCGCCGCCUUUGUAUGGCUGGGAGCACGUGGCUGGCUCAAGAUCCAUCCAGCUGGCUUGGUGUCCCAGGCGGAACUAGAACUCACCGUCUCCUGCUUUCUGAGCUUGAGGCCUAAACCAGACUGGCUCUCUUGUUCCAAACCAAUGCAUGAGAAAUCAGGGCUGAUGCACAGCCUGGACAAGCUGGAAUCCUGGCACAAGGAAAAGAACUUGGAUUCUCCGAAUGGCAGCUUGAAUCUGAACAAUGCUGUAAAGAAUGAAGAACUCAAGAAAUGUCCCCAAGAAGUCACGGCUCCCAAUAAAUACAAUUCUCAGUAUCACAAGUUAUUCAAGGAUAUCCCCACUGAAGAAAGCGUGGUGAAAGUCUGCUCCUGUGCCCUCCAGCGAGACAUCCUUAUCCAAGGCCGCCUCUACAUUUCUCCAAACUGGCUCUGUUUCUACGCCAACCUUUUUGGGAAGGAUAUCAAGGUGGUUAUCCCUGUGGUCUCGGUUCAACUAAUAAAAAAGCACAAAACAGCCCGGUUGUUGCCAAAUGGACUCGCCAUCACCACCAACGCCAGCAGAAAAUAUAUCUUUGUGUCCCUCAUUUCCAGAGACAGUGUCUACGACGUUUUGCGGCGUGUCUGCACCCACUUACAGGUCUCCAGCAAAAAAAGUCUGAGUUUGAAAGAAUUCACCGAAGAACCAGAUGCGGUAGCCUUGGAGGUCAUCGUCCCAGAGGUGAAGUGGAGAAGGAGAUCCACGGCGUCCCUUUCGCUCACCCUCCCAGAUGCUGGCUUCCAGUGUAUCCACCGAACUUCGAUCAGCAACCUCAGCGCUAAAGAGUCCUCCUGCCACUCGGAGGAGCCCCUGGUAUCAGAAAGCACAGUAAACUCCGAGGAGGAAGAGGAGGAGGAGGAAGAAGAAGAGGAGGAGGAGGAAGAGGAAGAGGAGUUAGUAGUGGACCAAAGCUACAAAGCAGAACUGAGACCAGCUGAUUAUCAGCUGUUGAAAAUCUUCAUAGUGUUAAUCUGCCUUUUGGUGUUGUCCUCAUCGUACCUGGCCUUCCGAAUCUUCCGACUGGAGCAGCAACUCUCCUCCUUGAACCAGGAUUACCUUUCCCGAGUAUCUCAAAGGUAA